CAGCAGUAAGACAUUUAAAGCAUAGACGUCUGGAAGCAACCAGAAGUACAGUACACCAUGGCAGAACCUGAGAAAAGGUUGGCAACUCGUGGGGUGAGAUGCUUUUCCAAGAUCAAGAUGUUUCUGGUGGCAUUAACAUGGGCAUUUGUAUCCAAAUCACUAUCAGGAACUUACAUGAAUUCCAUGCUCACACAAAUAGAGAGACAAUUUGAUAUUCCCACAUCUAUAGUUGGAUUUAUCAAUGGGAGCUUUGAGAUUGGAAACCUUUUAUUGAUUAUAUUUGUGAGUUAUUUUGGAACAAAACUGCACAGGCCUAUCAUGAUUGGUGUUGGAUGUGUGGUUAUGGGCCUAGGGUGUUUCUUAAUAUCACUACCUCAUUUCCUGAUGGGCCGAUAUGAAUAUGAAACAACAAUUUCACCUGCAAGCAACUUGUCCUCAAACAGCUUCUUGUGUUCAGGAAACAGAACCGAGACCUUAAUGCCAACACCUGACCCAAAAGAGUGUGUGAAAGAAAUCAAAUCAUUAAUGUGGAUAUACGUAGUAGUAGGAAAUAUUAUACGUGGAAUUGGCGAAACUCCCAUCAUGCCUUUGGGUAUUUCCUACAUAGAAGAUUUUGCCAAAUCUGAAAACUCCCCUUUGUACAUUGGGAUUUUGGAAACAGGAAUGAUCAUCGGCCCUUUGAUUGGACUUUUGUUGGGAUCCUUCUGUGCAAACAUUUAUGUAGACACUGGGUCUGUGAAUACAGAUGACCUGACCAUUACUCCCACGGAUACGCGCUGGGUCGGUGCUUGGUGGGUCGGCUUUUUGAUCUGCGCAGGAGUGAAUAUCCUCACCAGCACCCCCUUUUUCUUUAUCCCCAAAACACUGCCAAAGGAAGGACUGGAGGAUAACGUGGAUGUGACUAAACGUGACAAAGAAGAGAAACACCAAGGAAGAGCCACGGAGGAGAAGCGUGGACUCACUAAAGAUUUCUUGCCAUUCAUGAAGAGCCUCUCCUGCAACCCAAUUUACAUGCUUUUCAUCCUUAUAAGUGUGCUCCAGUUCAAUGCAUUUAUCAAUUCAUUUACCUUCAUGCCUAAGUAUCUGGAACAGCAAUAUGGAAAAUCAACCGCAGAGAUAGUCUUUCUCAUAGGUCUUUAUAAUUUACCCCCAAUAUGUGUUGGAUAUAUAAUUGGUGGCUUGAUUAUGAAGAAGUUCAAGAUUACUGUCAAGAAAGCUGCAUACAUAGCAUUCUGCCUAUCCCUGAUUGAGUAUCUUCUAUCUUUCUUCAACUUCAUGUGGACCUGUGACAAUUUCCCAGUUGCUGGUUUAACUACCUCUUAUGAAGGAAUUCAACAGUCAUUAUAUGUGGAGAAUAAGGUCCUUGAUGACUGCAACACAAAGUGUGACUGCUUAACCAAAACAUGGGAUCCAGUGUGUGGAGACAAUGGCCUAGCAUACAUGUCAGCCUGCCUUGCCGGCUGUGAGAAGUCUGUCGGAACAGGAAUCAACAUGGUGUUUCAAAAUUGCAGCUGCAUUCGGUCUUCAGGGAACUCGUCUGCAGUCCUUGGGCUGUGUAAGAAAGGCCCCGAGUGUACUGUCAAUCUGCAGUACUAUUUAAUCAUAUCUCUGAUUGGCUGUUUCAUCUACUCUCUAUCAGCCAUCCCUGGGUAUAUGGUUCUUCUGAGGUGUAUCAAGUCUGAAGAGAAGUCACUUGGAAUUGGAUUACAUGCAUUUUGCACAAGAAUAUUUGCUGGCAUUCCGGCACCUAUUUACUUUGGUGCCUUGAUAGACAGAACCUGUUUACACUGGGGAACUCUGAAAUGUGGCAAGCCAGGGGCAUGCAGGAUAUAUGAUAUACAUAACUUCAGGCGCUUUUACCUUGGAUUGCCAGCAGCUCUAAGAGGAUCAAGCUUCUUCCCAGCAGUCUUCAUUCUAAUACUUAUAAGGAAGCGCCAACUCCCCGGGGAAACUGACUCUUCAGGACCUGAACUUCCAGAGAUAAAGCUCACAGAGAAGGAAAGCAAGUGCAUGGAUAUGCACAGAAGUCCUGAGGUUGAAAAGGAUGGAGAACUGAAAACUAAGCUAUAAUGAGGUUUCUAUGGGCCUGCACAAGACCAUAGACAGCGUGUGCAUUUGGCUUCAUUUGAAUAAUAUGAGGUAUUAUAGGAACUCCUUUCUUAUCCUUAAGGACCUCAAAAUUAUUUUACACACUAUAAAAAUAUUUACUGAUAACAUUUUCUGAAACAUUGGGGUAGCACUUGAAAUUUUCCUAGGGAAGACUCUGGUGGCGCCACACCGAACUUUAAAUCUGUCUUUAUUUGCAAACAGCCUUUUCUGUUUUGACUCAAUCAAAACAAGUGUGAGUUUCUCACAUAUCUUCAAAUAGCGUUUAAACUCCCCCAUUCCUGAAACACUAUUUAAUUGAGUUUAUGCUUCCUUGUUGGAGUUAUUUAGAGCUGAAAAUUUACAUCUUGGUUUUGUUGCAUUGAAAUAAUGUGUUUCAAUUUAUCCUACCUCUUUAUCUAUUUAGGAGUUGUCAACUAUUAUUUUUAAGGUCUAGACAUGAUGCUUCAAAAUUAGACUUCUCAUUAAUGUGUCCUCUCUUGUUUUCAGUCCCUUCUUACAUUACUUAUAUCACAUACUUGAUCAUUUUGUUUAGAGCACUGAAAAAUUUAAUUAGGUUAUUUAAAACCAUGCAGCAAAGAUGGUUGGAAGUUUUCCUAGGAUUUCCAAUCUGGUAAAGGAACUCAUUCUUAAAAGCAAAUAUUUGAGGAAUCCAGUCCUUUCCAAGGCCCUUUGUAGAGAGGAGGUUAUGUAUCAUUGUUACAAUGCUUGCCUAGUUUGUGGGAGGCCCUGGGUUCUACAACAAGGUGGACUACUGAUAAUAAUAUAAACUAUAGCGUAAGAAUAAAGGAUAGCUGCAGAUCAGGCGUUCUCAAAAGACUCCUUCCUCAUAUUCAGGCUGUUUCUUUACUCAGAGCACUUGGGUAAUUAAUUUCCAAAAUCAUUUUUAGAGUAAAACCAUUAAAGAGGAGCCAGCUAGAUGGCUCAGUGCAAGGUGACCUUUGCUACCAAGCCAGAAAAGGUGGUUUGAUCCUUGUCCUUUGCUGUCUUCUAUACUUCCCCACCUGCAAACAAGUGAAAAAACACGUAGAAAGCUUUAAAGAGUGACUAUUGCUAUAAAAUUGGGAUUCGUAAAAUUUAAGGCAUCCAAAAAACAAAUUUGAUUGAGAACCGUCCCUCCUGGGCUCAGGCAUUUGGACAUUGGGUUCCAAUUGAUAACUUUCCUUGGGGAGGAUUAGGGAGAACAUCCUUAAUGGAGGAAGUGCAUCACUGGGCUGGGCUUUGAGCCUUAAAAGCCUCACCCUACUUGUGAUUCGCUCUCUGCUUUGUGCUUUGAGGAUGUGAAAUCUGCGCUCCUUGCUCCAGUCACCACACCUGAUGCUUGUUGCCAUAUACCUCCUUGUCAUGAGGGACUUCUAUCCCUCUGGAAUCAUAAGCAAAAAUAAACACUUUCUUGUACACA